CAUUAGCUGCUCCUGUCGAAGGAAAUCGAAUCCAAAGCGCCAUGGCCACUCAGCAUAGUCAUAUCUCGAUCCCUCAUCCAACGUGAGCCCGUGUGCGAUGGGGCAGCGAACCAACCCUGCGACUUUGGUCACGGGAUAUCGUUCGAAGACGUCGUCAAAAUAGAUGUCCCAAGUCAAGAUAGUGCGUUGUUUUGAUCGGUAUUGCAGUCAACUAAAUGAUGUUGGACUUGAGCCAAUCAAAUCGAAGGAAGUUCAAAGGGUACCCAUUGACGCAAUCGGAUUGGACCACAGGCACAGCCGUGAACGUGCUGGAGACAACGCUGAAGUCGUGAUGGUGGCGUGGGAAGUCGACGUGGUCGGCGCGAUCGAAGCCGUGUCCGCAGUUGCGAGUUUAUGGAUCCUAUGCUGGUCCCCGCCACCUGAAAAUGAGUCGUAUCACUCAUCGUACGCACUGCGUCCGUCCCCGACCGUGUUCAAGCACCUCUUUUAUGUAUGCUGCCUCGUGAGUUUUGUCGCCGUCCUCGUAGCCAACAUUUGGGAAACGGACGGAUCCUGCAUGAACUCGUACGCUGUGUGGGCUUUCUCUCUUCAGAUUCUGUACUGGUCGUGGAGCCUCCAAGACCCCAAGUGCACGAGCCGUGGUCGGCUCAUCUUGUUUGAUGUGGUGUUUCCCGUGAGCAUGUUCAUCUCCCUUGUUGUGUGGCUUGGCUUGUACCCCAUGGCAGGGGACACUCGGAACGAUUUGUAUUGGAACUGGAUUAGCUGGAGCCAGCAUGGCCUCAACACGGCCCUCCUCGUCGUGGAAUUUCUCUGGAGCGACACACGGUCCGUGGGGUGGAGCACUGGCGCAUGGGUUGUCCUCUUUCCCACAACAUACGCCAUCUACGCAUGGGUACUUCACUCGUCGCACCCACAAUCGCCGUGGAUGUACACAUUCCUUCGCGUGGACGAUCCUGCCGCCCCCUUCUGGUACAUCAUGCUUCUCGCCCUGCACGUCGGUCUGUUUGCCGUUGUGUCGUGCAUGGCUGCGUGCAAAGUGCGUGCGAUAGAACAAACCCCGGAGCGAAUUCACCUGUUGGCACGCGACAACCACCUCCAAAUUCGCACCUAUUAAUAAUGCAAUGGCUGAAGAGUCAGGUUCUGUUCACAAGGGGCAAUACGGUCUCUGGUUAGCCCAGUCACAGUGCCCUCCUAACCCGAUUUACUGAGCGAGUGGUAGAGAGUUCUCGGAAGCAGCGCACCUACGACGUAGGAACACCUGCCGCGCGGGCCGUCUUGAGUGCCGUGGCAUACCACUUCAAUUCACUCACAAACUGCUUGACGCCGUUCUUGAGACUUUCGCCGCUGGUGCCAGCGGUAGUUUGGACCGUACCGUCUUCGUUGAGCAGGUUGUGCACGACGGGGAAGGGCAACUCCUUGGGAAUGGUAGCGAGCCCGAGCUCCCCCAAAAACGGGUGCAAUGGACCGGCCGCGCGGAUUCCACCAAAUCCGCCCAUCGAAUACGUAGCUAUGCCUGCAAUCUUGUAAUAGUACUCGGAGUGGUAGAAGUAGUCGAGCGUGUUGCUGAUCACAGGCGAGAACGUGUGGUUGUACUCGGGAGUCACCACUACAAACGCGUCGGACUCGGUGAGUUUGGCCUUCAACUCCUUCAGUGAGUCCGUCUGCUCGUCGACAGGGAGGUAGUCGAAACGGCCGGCAAACAAUGGCAGAUUGAGCUCGCGAGGGUCAACCACGUGCACACCGAAGCCAGCCGACGCCAGGUUCGAUUCGAGGAACUUUGCCACACGAAGGCCUUGGCGACCAGGGCGCACGGAUCCAAGGAGGAUGGAAACAGUCAGCGUCAUCUUGACGAAUGAGGCACGAGAUGAAGGAAACCCCACGUUGUGCCGGCU